AUGGCGUCUUCUGCGGACGUACACGUCCGAAUCUGUGGACAAGAGAUUAUAAAAUAUGACCUCGAGAUUAAGGCUCUCGUUCAGGACAUCAGGGAUUGCUCUGGACCUCAGUCAACUCUCAUGGAGUUCAACUCUCACGUCAAAGAGAAGUUCAACAAGCUCAGACUCAGAAUACAGGUCAGGCCUCACAUCACAUGUAAUGUGUUGCAUCUGACAGAGUUCUUGCUUAAAAUCCAAACUGUUUUAUUUGACGUGGUGUGUUGUUGUCAGGAUCUGGAGCAGAUGGCCAGAGAGCAGGACAGAGAAACGGACAGACUGGCCAUCCAGGCAGAGACGGAGAGCCAGAGAAGGCAAAUGCUGAGUAACCAGACAGCGUGGAGGAAAGCUAACCUGGCUUGUAAACUAGCCAUAGACAACACGGAGAAGGACGAGCUGCUGCGUCGAGUAGAAAACCCGAGCAUCAGACAGAGGAAGGCGACCAAAGAAAGCCUGGUAGAAACCAGUGGCAACAUCACAGAGAAUCUGAUGUCUAUGAGCAGGAUGAUGGCUGAACAGGUCAAGCAGAGCGAGGACACUAUCGGCACACUGUCCACCUCCUCCAGGACGGUGCAGGAAACCAACGAGGAGUUUAAAAGCAUGACAGGAACCAUCCACCUGGGGAGGAAACUGAUCUUGAAGUACAACCGGCGGGAGCUGACAGACAAGCUGCUCAUCUUCCUGGCUCUGGCCCUCUUCUUCGCCACCGUCCUCUACAUCCUUAAGAAACGUCUCUUCCCCUUCAUUUAGCUGGCUGGCUGAAGAACACAUCCAGGCUUCAGGAACAAUGUUUUCCUGUUAUUUCACUCAGCAGAGAGUUACCACAAGGACGUUUAGCAGGUAUGGACUACAUGGAGUGUUGGAAGCUGUCCAGCCUUCCGCACAUAGAGAGGGUGUCAAGUCAAAACUUUUCACCUUGUUUAGCACCCUUGAAUUUAGCUUAACAGUAUUCAAUAUGUGAAUUUUUAAAAUAGGUUUGAAGGGUAAACUUAAACUGGCAUUAUGAGGUUUCAUGCAACAACAGUGAUUGCGUUAAAGCCGUAGCAUGCUUCAAACAAACUUAUGCUGUUCAACCAUGUCUAAAGGCAAACGGGGCAAAAAGCCAGCUGUCAUAGACUCUCUCAAACACCGGGUUCACACUGGACGCGGAAGCACAGCGCUUUUCGGAGAAGCGCUGCCCGCGUCCUUUCGGAGAAGCGCUGCAAGCGUCCUCUUGGUGCCCAUGUAAUCCAAUUGGGCUGUUCACACAGGACGCUCCACGCCACUACCGGCUUGUGAUCUUCAGCGAUAUUUUUGCCGUCUGGUCUAGUUUCUCUGCGUGCCGCAAGCAAAUCUGGCAAGAAAACACACUAAUAAUCUAUUAUAAACUAUAUAAAUGAUAUACUAUAUAUGAUAUAAAUGAUCUGAUUCUGAUAAAUGAUAAAAUAUGCAUCCCAUGAAGCUUUUGACUUCUCUCCCCUCGCUCCCUGCUGUUCUCUCGGAGUUUCAAUUCCCCCAAUGCGCUCCCAGUUUUUUCACUUUUGCUCGUGCGACAAUUGACAUAGUGCAGCGCUUUGUGCGGUGCUUCCGCGUCCAGUCUGAACCCGGCGUAAGAACUCUGUGGCUUUUGAGUGACUGUGUAGUGUCCAUGCAGAGAUUCAUGCAAAUUAAGACAAGGGUGCACACUUUCAGACAGUUUCUCCUCGAAAGGCUUUCACGGUGCUACAUGAAAAGAGACAGCAGCAGAAGAGCGCUUUGAGAGAAGUUCAAAUCCUACCGACUUUUACAACUUUGCACAACUGACCACGAAGUUGGCGUGACUGUUUUAGAGAAGCACUUUGAAGCAUACUGAGGCCUUAAUGCUUCCUCCCUUAACCAGGGUCAAAGCCAUAGUAUGCAACAACCCCUCACUUUGUUUACUUUAUGUCUAAUUACAAUCCGUGUGUGUUCAACAUAGACGGUGUGUAUGUUUGUCUACUCUGGACGGCUAUUCCAAAGACGCCAUUGUUACAAUUAUUGACGAGUUUACCUAGUGCCUUUAGUUGAAUACUUCCAUUUCCAUAUAAGGAGGGAUACGUUGUUGCGAAGCAUAGCCACAGAUGCGCCAGUAGAUGGCAGAAUACCCAACAUUUAUCACCAUCAGAGAUGCUUAUACUGUUAAUUUGUGUGAAGAAUGAUUUUAAAGGACAGAACUAAUUAAUUAACACACUUCUCUGUGUCCAGUGACAUCAUUGUAGUUUAUUUAAUUUCAAUCAAAAUGCAUACAAAUGUAUUUUUGGAUUAAUUUAAAUAAAAACUUAAAAAACAUA